AUGAAGUACAGUCCUAAAGCUCAAUGUAAUCCAGAUGCCUUGGUGUUCAAGGUGAAGGAAGGUUGGAUAGCAUCUGUCAUCUUCUUGUUUGCUCUUCCAGGUAAAUUCCACCGUCUCCGUACUGAGGCAGACGAGCAAACCAUUUGGGUUGAUAAAUGUGUGAGCCACGAAAAUUACACCAAGGAGACCUCCGAUAAUGACAUAGCCAUGCUGCACUUGGCUGAGCCCGUGAUGUAUAACAAAUAUGCCCUCCCUAUCUGUCUUCCCACCCGCAACCUGGCAGAACAGGAGCUGACAAGAAGUGGGAAGCAGAUGGUGGUAACUGGCUGGGGCAGCACAAGUGAUGUUAACAACAAUUUUUCUACUUUCCUCAGUUACAUUGAAAUCCCCAUGGUUCCCCGGAACGAGUGUGCCCAGGUGAUGAGAUUUGCUAUCUCUGACAACAUGCUGUGUGCUGGGAGCUUAGGAGACAAAAAAGAUUCCUGCAGUGGGGACAGUGGAGGCCCUAUGAUCACUAGAUAUAAGGACACUUGGUUUUUGGUAGGACUGGUGAGCUGGGGCGAAGGCUGUGGAAGAAGGGAGAAAUUUGGAGUCUACACCAAAGUUAGUCAGUAUCUUGAGUGGAUCCAGCACCACAUAGAUGAGAUGUCAGCUUCUUGGAAGGGUUGAUUCUGACACUAGGAGUCUGGAAUAUUGUGGCGAUGUGCUAGUGACAGUAUGCAGUGUAAUGUACUGUCAAAUCUUCAGUAUUAAAUAUUGAGUAUAUG